AUGGCUAACCAUCACCACCACUACCAGCAAAACCAUAACCAAAAUGGCCAAAAACAUGGCCAAGUCAUUGUGGUUAUGGUACCUUUUCCAGCACAAGGCCAUCUCAACCAGCUUCUCAACCUCUCCCGCCUCAUCUCCUCCUACGCCAUACCGGUCCACUACGUCGGCACCACCACCCACAACCGCCAAGCCAAGCUUCGCGUCCACGGUUGGGACCCACUCUCAGCCACCAACAUCCACUUCCAUGAAUUCCCAACCCCUUAUUUUCCCUCUCCACCACCUAACCCUACCGCUUCAGUCAAAUUCCCCUCCCACCUUCAACCAUCAUUCAACGCAUCAUCCCACCUCCGCAACCCUGUAUCCACCCUUAUCCGGACACUCUCCGUCACCAGUCGGAGAAUUAUCGUCGUUCAUGACUCUCUAAUGGGUUCGGUGGUUCAAGACGUUGCUUCACUCCCUAAUGCCGAGUCUUACGUUUUUCACAGUGUCUCUGCUUUCACUAUGCUCUUCUUCUUAUGGGAACAGAUGGGAAGACCUUUUGCUGUUGAUGCCGAAAUGCUCAAAGACCUCCCUUCCCUCGAAGGCUGUUUCACAUCAGAAUUUUUAAAAUUUGUAAACACUCAACAUGGCAACGUGAAAAUGAACUCUGGUCGUAUUUAUAAUACAUGCAGAUUAAUAGAGGCUCCCUACCUUGAUUUACUUUCAAAAGAGCAGAUCAGUAGAGGAAAGAAGCAGUGGGCUCUUGGUCCCUUCAAUCCUGUGGCAAUAACCAAGAACAAGAAAUCAAGUCAAAUGCAUAAGUGUUUAGGGUGGCUUGACAAACAAUCUCAAACUUCAGUGAUUUUUGUUUCUUUUGGAACCACAACUUCAUUAACAGAUGAACAGAUCAAAGAGCUAGCGAUUGGGUUAGAGAAAAGUGAGCAAAGAUUCAUCUGGGUGUUGAGAGAUGCAGAUAAAGGAGAUGUCUUUGAUGGAGAGAGAAGAAGAGUUGAGCUGCCAAAAGGGUUUGAAGAGAGAGUGAGAGGACAGGGAUUGGUGGAGAGAGAUUGGGCGCCCCAGUUGGAGAUUUUGGGCCACCCAUCAACGGGUGGGUUCAUGAGUCAUUGUGGGUGGAACUCAUGCAUGGAGAGCAUCACCAUGGGAGUGCCCAUAGCUGCGUGGCCAAUGCACUCAGACCAGCCGAGGAACACAGUGCUGAUAACGAAGUUGUUGAAAGUUGGAAUAGAUGUAAAGGAGUGGGCUCGUAGGGAUGAGCUAGUGAGUUCAUCCAUGGUUGAAAAGGUUGUGAAGAGGUUGAUGGUGGAGGAAGAAGGAGGUGAGAUAAGGAAGAGGGCGGCGCAGUUGGGUAGUGCCGUCCGGCUGUCGGUGGCCCAUGGAGGUGGUGCUCGGAUGGAGUUUGAUUCUUUUAUUGCUCACAUUACGAGAUAG